AUGUUCGCAGCACGAACGGGAUCGAAGCGCACGGAUUUAUUGACUCUACUUCAAAUUAUGCAAAAUAUUCUAUUCCUUCUCUGUGCAGUACUUGCUGGGACCACUGCUAUUGAUACUCGACAGACAGAUGCUCGAAAGGGUCAUUUAUUCGUAUACACUCUGCACUCAGCAGCCUUCUUUCCUACUGCAGUUGAGGUUGCAUGGUCAGCUACCUUGAAAAAUCGUCCAGCACUUCCCUCGUGGCUUCAUCUCGUACCAUCGCGACACAAGGCGAUUGCGUACCUUGUAGGGACUCCAGUGACUGGGGUAAGGCAAGUUACUGUUCAUGUCUUUGCCAAACGACUUGACACAUUUGAAACGAAGCAGCAGUACAUCGUUAUUUCCCUUGCCGAUGACGAGCGUUAUACCCGAGCUACGCAACAAAUCAUAGACUUGCAUGUAACUAACGUCGAAGCUGAAAGUUUCCUCUCUGAUAGGACUGGACUAAUAGGUACCGUUUUUAUCGAAAUUUUGUUCCUUCUGUCUACUUUAAAGGAUUGGAAAAUGAAAUGGGCUGUGUUCCCCUUCGAUAGGCAGUUGGAGAAGUCAGCUCGGGAAGCGUUCCGAGGAAAACAUGUGAAUCCUUACAUCUACAAUAUUGAAUCGGAGUUUCAAGUUCCACAAGGGAAGGAGCAUUUGUUCAGAAAUCAGAAAAGCAGUUCGCUGAUUUCGAUAGGUUCACAACGUGGAUUUUAUCCCACAGUGCAUAAACUAAUCCGCAAUUUGCAAAGAAAUCCAUCAUUCUGUAAGAAGCAACGCCUUGUUGCAAUAAACAAAUAUUUUGCGCCAACAAAUGUAACAAUGUUGCAUGACUUUGUAGAUGGAGACAUUGGAACGGAGCAUUAUGAAAUAGAGGUGCCUGCAGACUUAAUGGUUACAGCCACACCAGCUCAACCUGUCCGUGAAAUUGGCGCUGUGUCGGAUGGGUAUUCAUUCUGGGAGAGUGUGCUAGUCUUCCCGCUAAUUGCGGUCUUCUGUAUAAUACUUGUGCUUGUAUUGAGCUUAAUUUUCUUUGGAAGAAGAGAAGGCCAACAAUGGAGGGACUACAAAACACCAAAAGAGCAGUUGGACGAAUACGUCAGCGUACGGCAGAGUCAGAGACAUUUGCGUGAGCUCUCCGUUCAACGGCAACUCCUGCUAAUGGCAGGAAACCGCGAUCAUUCCUCUCCUCCUUAUGGAGUUCAAUCGUUCCUGCAGCCAAAGUACAAAAGCGUUACGAAUGGAGUGGACUCUGGUAGCAGAUUCAGCAAGAGUGCAAGCAAACUUAACGACAAUAAUGAGGCGGCAAGACAAUGCGGUAGCUCCCUCCAUCUCUAUAGAAAUCCUUUAGAAAGCGAAACUGACGAGGAGAACGAAGACGAUAGCCUUGACGAAAAGGAUGUCAGGGCGCAUGAUUCCUAA